AUGCCUCGCUCGGAUCCCAUGCCAUGCCCCGCCUCAGCCCGCCAGGCUCCUCGCCUCGCCCCGGGACCUUCUCCCCAGGCUCCUCGCCUCGCCUGGGACCUUCUCCCCAGGCUCCCUCGCCUAACCCGGGAACUUCUCCCAGGCUCCUCGCUCGCCCGGGACCUUCUCCCCAGGCUCCCUCGCCUCGACCGGGACCUUCUCCCCAGGCUCCCUCGCCUCGACCGGGACCUUCUCCCCAGGCUCCCUCGCUCGCCCGGGACCUCUCCCCAGGCUCCCCGCCUCACCCGGGACCUUCUCCCCAGGCUCUCUCGCCUCGCACGGGACCUUCUCCCCAGGCUCCCUCGCCUCACCCGGGACCUUCUCCCCAGGCUCCCUCGCCUAGCCCGGCUCCCCAGGCUCCUCGCCUCCCCCAGGCUCCCUCACCUCGCCCGGCUCCCCAGGCUCCCGUGCCUCAGCCCGCCAGGCUCCCUCGCCUCACCCGGGACCUUCUCCCCAGGCUCCCUCAACUCGCCCAGCUCCCCAGGCUCCCUCGCCUCACCCGGGACCUUCUCCCCAGGCUCCCUCGCCUCCCCAGUCUCCCUCGCCUCACCCGGGACCUUCUCCCCAGGCUCCCUCACCCUCGCCCGGCUCCCCAGGCUCCCGCGCCUCAGCUCCGCCAGGCUCCCUCGCUCACCCGGGACCUUCUCCCCAGGCUCCCUCGCCUGGCCCGGCUCCCCAGGCUCCCUCGCCUCCCCAGGCACCCUCGCUCACCCGGGACCUUCUCCCCAGGCUCCCUCACCCUGCGCCCGGCUCCCCAGGCUUCCUCGCCUCACCCGGGACCUUCUCCCCAGGCUCCUCGCCUAG